AUGUUGGUACCGGGAAAGUACCUAGCUCGGUGUAAGAGUUUGUUGAGGCGUGCAAGAAAGCGACUGGCGUUGAGAUCAAGAUCGAUUACUUGCCUAGACGCCAAGACUGCUAAGCACACUAAUCUCAAGGAGAGUCUUGAGACUGCGUGGAGAUUGCAGAAGAUGCACCGUAAUGGCUAUGGCUCAACCUCCUCAUCUCUCUCGGUUUAUUGA